UCGGAAGCACGUGACUGCUAUAACUACUCCUCAACUCCAUUGUAUCCUUGAAGUCACAAGGCAUCUUUACCCAGGACACAAGGUGCUGUGUAUAUCAUUAAGUAACUUACCUCACGGUUCCGGUCUACUCAACUUAUGCACCAUGUUUAAAGUGAGAGAGAAAGAUUCGGCUCAUGUUCUUCAUGGUUUGUUGCCCGGAGCCAGAAUUAAUAAAACCAACAAGAAGAUCACUGUCAGCACUGGCACGUCGAACGAGACUUUCAUUUUUAAUGUGGGUGGAUCACUGUUUGAAACCUACGGAUCCACCCUCAGCGGCCUUCCUUUCAGUAAGCUGGCGGAUGAAGACUUUCUGAAGAAGCAUUACAGGCAGGAUAAGAAUGAUUACUUCUUCGACCGUGAGCCUGAUGUUUUCAAGGCGAUAUUGAACUACCUUCGCACGGGGGAGCUGCACCUCCCUGCCUGGCUGUGUGGGGCGUCAGUGAAAACUGAACUGGCGUUUUGGGGCGUGGAGGAGGAUGAGAUUGAGGAGUGUUGCUGGACAAACUACAGCUCGUGGACGACGACGUUGGAGGCGUUGAGGAAGCUGGAGAAGGACAGGAAGGGGGCGUUGGAGCACGUUGACGAGAGUCGGUAUUGUUCAUCUUCCAGGUGGCAGAGAAUUCGGCAAAAGGCAUGGGUCUUUAUGAAUAACCCACUAUCUUCAUCGUGGGCACAGGUUUUUGGUUUGAUAUCAAUGAAGUUCGUGCUCCUGUCUAUCUUCUCAUUCUGCGCUGAGACACACGACAGUUUUCACACUUCCGGUUCACAAACAGACUUGCAAUUGUCAUUGAAAAACGGCAGUGACGUCAACGACUCCCAUGAUGCCUCUGGCGUCCACAUCCACCCAUCGCUGUUUAUCAUUGAUGUCACAUGUGUGGCCUACUUUCUUCUAGAGUUUAUUACAAAGUUCAUAUUCUCCCCAAGCAAGUUGAAAUAUUUCAUACUACCAAUGACUAUAAUGGACAUCAUAGCUCUGAUCCCGGAUAUCGUCGAGAUGUCGUAUCGUCUGUCUACUUCAAACUACUACUCACGUGACACACUCGACGUACUUCCGAUAAUGCGCAUCACAAGGAUCUUCCGUAUUUUCCGCCUCAUGCGUCACAUUCCAGGUUUAUGGAUCCUGUUCUACACCCUCAAGGCGAGUUUAAAAGAGCUUCUUCUCAUGCUGUUGUUCUUGUUCGUGGGGAUGCUUGUGUACUCUUCCCUCAUCUACUUUGCCGACGACAGGAGCAUAUUUACCAGCAUCCCUGAAGGGUUCUGGUGGGCGCUCAUCACCAUGACAACGGUCGGAUAUGGCGACAUGUUUCCGGUGACGAACGUUGGCUACCUUGUUGGCUCAGCUACAGCUGUCUCAGGCCUGCUGAUGAUCGGGUUCACAGUCCCCAUACUCGUCAACAACUUUCUGUUGUAUUACACUCACACCCAAUCCGCAAUGGUGAGAGAACGGAAUAGGGAACAGAGGAUCAAACGCAUUGAAGCUGAAUCCAAGAAACGAAGACCUAGCUUGUUCUGGAUAUUAUCAUCAAAAGUGCAACCGACAGGGCCAACGAUGACAAAUACGUCAUCGUUAGCCUCAAUGGCUGACAAAGUGUCAAAAAGUAUUGUGAAAAACACUUCAAAGGUGGCUGCAAUGGCAGGUAGCGAGACCAACAGUGUUGACCAAACGUUUCAUUUGAUGGCAGGAAAUGUGUCCAAGCCUACCAACAAUGCAGAAACGCCAUCUGCAGAGAAUGAGUUAAAGACUACCGACAAUACAGAUGCUUCAACUGCAGACAGUAUGUUAAAAACUACCGAAACGACAUAUAUGUGAACUGCAGACAGCAUGAUAAGGUCUACAGACAAGACAUCAACGUCAACUGCAGACAGCACGUUAAAGACUACCAACCAGACAGUGACUAAUAAAGGUCAAUCCCCUCUUCCAUGGAAUACAAUCUGUCAGUAAUAAUUUCCAAAGGCAGAAAAGCUGUCAAAAAUGUGGCAAAAUGAUUGAGAUGCCAGCAUCUCUGGAACAAGGUGUCAAAAUGUGCUGACAAAACAGAUACGUCAAUUUAAGCGUUUAUGUAAGGGGUCCCUAGCGGAAAGACUUGACAAAUAUACUCGACAAAAUAAGUUAGGGAUAUUUCUAGUUUUAUGAUUGAUAUUUUAUCAGUGAGUCAGUUGAUAAAUAGAUCAAUAUUCAUAAUUUCAAAAUUAACAUAUAUCCCUAACUAUUUUUGUCCAGUAUAUGUUACAGAUACAGGGAGGAAUGUUAUGACGAAGAUUAGUGGUUUUGUCGUUUUGUAAAUAUAGUACACAUCGCUUUA